AUGUCGUCCAUCGUUGUCAAAGCUGUUAGCAGGGCCAUGGAGCGGAUUGCUCCUCUAAGACUGGCAGAAUCUUGGGAUAACGUUGGUCUGCUCAUAGAAUCUCCCGUGCCGAAAGCAAAGGCCGGACGCAUCCUUCUGACGAUCGACAUCACGCCCGCGGUAGUCGCCGAGGCCCUUCGCACCGGCGAUACCGCCGUCGUUGUCGCAUAUCACCCCGCCAUCUUUCGUCCCCUCUCUGCCCUCACCCUUAAGACGCCUAUGCAGAGGUGCCUACUCGAGCUUGCUGCUAACGGCGUGUCCGUCUUCUGCCCCCAUACCUCACUUGACUCUGUUUAUGGAGGCAUCAACGAUUGGCUCGCUUCCGGUAUCCUUGGCGGAAUAGACGACUCCGACAAUAUGCGCGACAAGACGCGUUUCUUGGGUGAAGCCAAGGGCGAGGAAGGCGGCGCCGGCAGGUUUGUCACUUUACCCCAGCCAAUCGCGAUCCAGGAUCUCGUCCAGCGCGUCAAGAGUCACCUCAAGCUCGAACAUGUUGACGUUGGCCUUCCUAACGUCGAAAGGCCGGUCAGUACGGUCGCCAUCUGCGCCGGUGCUGGCGAGUCCAUGUUCGCCGAUGUAGACGCCGAUGUUUACUUCACAGGCGAGAUGCCUCACCACACCGUCUUAGCUACCGUUUCCAAAGGAAACCAUGUCAUCCUAUGCGGACAUACAAACACGGAGCGCGGCUACCUCCCCACGCUUGCUUCGAAGCUCCGCAACUCACUCGCUGAACUCGGACGCGACUCCUCUACGACAGAUACGAAUUCAGCGCUCACUCUCACCAAUGAAGAAAAGCUUGCGCUCGCAAAGUACAAGCUCGAAGUGGUCGUCAGCGAAGCAGAUAAACACCCGCUUGUCCGUAUGUGA